AUGAGAAAAAGCGGUAAAAAUAUCACUUUGAUAUGUGUCAUUGUUUCCUGACGGUAUCCUACUGUUCCUAGCUUCCGUAAAUGGCUGGAAUGGAAGUGGAUGGGAAGACCGAAGAUGCACUACUAUUUUGGGUAAACGCUUAUGGAGAUUUCUUGCACAUUGAAUCCGUGACAGCCCUCGAUAAGCUAUGGAGAGAACACCUGCCCUCACUAUUGAACUGUUUAAAAAAUGGCAACAGCGUCCGGGUAGUUUCGCCUUCCGCGCAAAGCGUUUACCAGGAGCUUUUCACGCACUUCUCCACACUGUGUGAUCAGGAGCGUUUCGUUCAGUCCAUAUCAGCUGAAAUGGCUGCGAAGGGCGAUAAAUUUGAAAUAGCAAAAUUCUUGGCAAUCUUGUUGAAUGAGUUUCGAAUUUCACAAAACGAAGUGAUAGCCAGUAGCGUGCGAGCUUUAGAAAAAGAAGGACAUGAUGUACCAAUAACUGCCCUAUUAAACGCCUUCGACUCGGAGAAAAGCGAUUGGUGGUCGGUGAUGCUUAGUCAAUCUCCACGGCGCCCUGCUGACGAUCAUAUGCUGCAGUUCGUGACGCCUCGCAGGCAAUCUUAUCCAGCAGAGGAAUUCACUGGGAUGUCAGUGAAUCGCUCAUCAUUCAUUACCCCACGCUGUCCACCACGUCGAAAUGAAUCCAAUGCCCACACAGUUGCUCGAUGCGAAGGAAGUCCGCUGUUAGACGCCAUUAAUUCGCCUAAAGUUCGGGAUCUUCGAAAGGAGCGCGAAAUUAGAGGACUUCGCAAGCAGAUAAAUGAACUAGAAGAUCAAAUAUCAUUUUAUGAGAAGAACGCUACAGAUGCAAAACAUCAAACUGAUAAGCUCCUUGACGAGGUGGCGUCGAAGAAAGCUCGAAUCCGUGAGUUAGAGUUGGAAAAGAAGUUACUGCAGCAGCAUUGCGAUGAAUCUGAUACAAAAGCUACUUCACUUGCAAAGCGAGUGGAAAGCUUGGAACGGGAGAACGGGGAACUGAAAAGAACACUGACCUCUCAUAAGGCGUCUGCAGAAAAAUUUGAAGAUGAGCGAGUACAAUUACAAGAACAGCUAGCUGCAAAGCAGGAGAUUAUGCAGAUGCUAGAGAGGAAAGCUCGAGAUGCGUGCGAUGAGCUUGACAGGGCCUUGGAGGCAAAGAAGUCCAUUGAACAAGAAAAGAAUAGCCUAGCGAGCGCUUUGGAGAAGCUGACAAAAUCUACGGAAUCGGAUAAUGAGCAAUACCACGCCGCAUUAGCAGAUUGCAGGAAGCGUUAUGAGGAUGAGAUAUCGAAGCAUGCAACAUUGUAUUCGGAGGAGAUGGCGAGAAAUGCUGAUCUUCAAAAACAUUUACGGGAGAUGUCAGAGAAAUUGGAAGAUUUGCAAGUGAAGUACGAUAGCGAUACCACUGUGCUCAAGCGGAGCUUGGACGAGGUCAAGAAAAGUUCAAAAGAGAAGUAUGAUGCUAUCGUCGAGAAGAUGAAUGAAAUACAAUUGGAACUAGCGGAUUCUCUCGAGCGAAGUAAAACCAAAUCACUGGAGCACGAGGAAGAACUAAAACGUCUUGAGAAUGUUCACGCAGAAGCGCAGAAUCGCAAGGAUGUGCAGUUGACCGCUGUUCGUGCUCGUAUUAAGGAGCUGGAGGAGAAGACGCUCGAGCAAGAACGGACUGCUCGUGAUCUGCGCAAACACUGUAGCGAUCUUACCGCAGAAAGGGGUGCUCUUGAGGCAGCAAACGCAGAACUCUUGAUCAAGUUGGAAUCUAAAAGUGACGACCUGAAGGACGUCAAGGAAACACUGGAGAGAUUGCAAACAGAAAUGGAUUCGCUGAAACUGAAGCAUGGGGAUUCUGUAAAAUCUUGCGAAGUGUUACAGUUGGAAGUGAAGAGACUUCAAAGAAAGAUCCACGAAGGAGAGGGAAGAAUUAAUGAUCUUCUGGAAUGCGAACAACAACUCAUGACAUUGAAAGAACAGUACAGCAAUGUUCUCGAAGAGGCAGAGGUCGUCCGACAAGAUCGUGAGCAGCAGAAGAAGCAUUUCGAAACCACCGCAUGCGAAUUGAAGAACACGAUCGAGGCUCUCAAAGUCAAGGUGCGGGAAGUUGAAGAAAAGAACGAGAACUCGGCGCGUGAGGUUGAACGCCAGAAAGAGGAGUUCAAUCUCAAAGAACAAGGCCUAUGCGAUCAAAUCGUCCGAUUGAAUGAAGAGAAAGAACAGCUCAGUAGUCAGAUUUCGCUUUUGGAAACGGAUUUAUCAAAGGAGAGAAGUGCGAGAACACAAAUAGAAGAAGAAACGAUUGCGAAUCGCGCGGAGAUGGAAUUACAAAAUUACAAGCUCAAGGAGAUGAGCGAACGUCUGAGUAUUGUUCAAUCAGCUGAUUCGGAGCAGUCAGAAUCAUUGGUUCGCUUAGAACAAGAGCUCGAAGCCAAAAAAGAGGAAAACAUGCGCGCUAUGAUCGAGUGUGAUACUCUGCGCCAGAAGGAUGCACUGCGAUCCACACAGUUACAUGACUUCGCAGAGAGGAUUAAGUGUAUAGAACAUGACAUUGCGCUGUCCGCUGAGAAGAAUACCAGAUUGGAAGUUGAAAAUACAGCGUUGAAGGAUCAGCUGGAAAUGUUCGAAAUGGUAUUUAUGCGGAAGACGAGAUCCGAAAAGAGAAAAGCGCAGAAGUCACUAAAAGAUGCUGGUGAUCCAGCCAAACGUGAUAUCAGCCCGCACACAAGACCUCUAUUCUCCACCAGCUUGGACGAGUCUGCGGUGCUGCUCUCAAGAGGUCAUCAUGGACUAACAGAAGCUACCGAGGUGCCCGCACCUGAACCUCUGAAUGACAAGGACUUCCUUCUGAAGAAGGUCAUACCAAAAUUUGAUGCCGCAACAUCAGUGUCGGACCUAGCCAUACUAUCAUCUUUGCAACCUGCAUCAUCACAAAGUAAUCUCACUACAACUGUCAACGGAAGUGAUUUGAGCUUAGCCGCAAGCUCCACCAUUAGUCAUAGCCGUCAUUCCUUGGCGAGAUCCGAGUUCUCAAGACCGUCCCUCUCAAGCAGGUCGGAGUUUUCAAGGCCUUCCCUGUCCGGGCUAUCGAUGGGUUCGAAAAGACGAGAAGGACCAGAUACUGAUCGAUCCAGACUCAAGGAGCUCCAAAGAAGAAACGAGAUGCUCCACCCAGCUAUGCGAUGUGCGUAUGCCACUGAGGUGACAACAUACUCUUCGCCUACAGGAAGUGAGAAUGUUGUGAAAAACGGAACCCAAAGUGCUCGGAAAGGAAAGAAGUUGAUGCAGCGUGCUGCUUCGUAUGUGAAAAGGAGACUGCCAUUGUCGGAAUCGACUAACUCUGUUAACUAGAAGAGAAUGGAGCAUUAUCUUUCAAAAUAAAUUUACCCUUAUCAUUAAACUGCACUCAUUGAAAUAUAUACUCACCAAAUGUGUAAACUUGCAUGCACUGUUAUUGUCGACAAAUCUCUCUACAAACUUCUCUGACAGACACAUAACCUAUCAUUGAUAGAACGUUUCAUGUACUUUGUUUCAUGUAAAGACGUUUCACCAUAUAGUCUUGUAAAUAUUUUACGCAUUCUCACUUGUGCUGAGGAUUUAUAUGAAAUAAACAACUGUAACAUGCUAGUUAACCUCCGUGAACGGCACACCUCCGAC